AUGGUUCUCAAGCUGAAACAGCCCUACUCUUCCGGUGCGGGCCCCGCAUUAGUGACGGACACACCAGCGAUCGUUCGAAGCGUCAUUAAUGACAUUCGCACCAACGGGGAUAUGGCCGUGAGGACCUACUCGGAGAAGUUCGACAGAUGGAGUCCCGAACGCUUCAAGUUAUCGCCGGAGGAGAUUCAGCAGAUAAUCUCGACUGUCCCCCAGCAGAUCAUUGAUGACAUCAAGCAAGUCCAGGAGAAUGUCCGGACUUUUGCUUUGGCGCAGAAAGCGUCGCUGAAAGACUUUGAGAUGGAAAUCCGGCCUGGAGUCCACCUGGGACAGAAACACAUCCCGAUCAACGCGGUUGGCGCCUACAUCCCGGGUGGUCGCUAUCCUCUUCUUGCCUCGAGCCAUAUGACGAUUCUCACAGCCAAGUGCGCCGGGGUGCCGCAUGUUACUGCCUGCACCCCUCCAAUUGCGGGCAAGAUCCCCGCCAACACCGUUGCUGCGAUGCACUUUGCCGGUGCGGAUGCUAUCUACAUCCUGGGGGGUGUGCAGGCCGUGGCAGCGAUGGCUGUAGGCACGGAGACCGUGCCGAAGGUGGACUUCAUCGCUGGACCGGGCAAUGCCUUUGUGGCCGAGGCGAAGCGGCAACUGUUUGGAGUGGAGAUUGGCAUUGAUCUUCCUGCUGGCCCCACCGAGGUUCUCAUCGUGGCCGAUGGGCAUGCCGACCCCUUCACCGUGGCGACCGAUCUCCUGUCGCAAGCCGAGCACGGUCCCGACUCCCCGGCAGUCCUCAUCACCACCUCCAAAAGCAUCGGCGAACAGACCAUCUCCGAGGUCGACCGACUGUUGAAGGUGCUCCCCACCGCCGAUAUCGCUGGGGUUUCCUGGGAGCGUCUGGGCGAGGUGAUUGUCGUGGACAACUUAGACGAAGCAUACAAAUUGGCCGAUGAGUACGCAUACGAGCAUGUCCAGAUCCUGACACAGAAGCCCCGGGAGGCGCUGGAGAAGAUGUCCAAUUAUGGCGCCCUGUUCCUGGGGGAGAAGACUUGUGUUUCCUACGGUGAUAAGUGCAUCGGAACCAACCAUGUCCUUCCCACUCGUGGUGCGGCCCGAUAUACCGGGGGCUUGUGGGUGGGCAAGUACCUGAAGACCGUGACCUACCAGGAGGUGACUUCCCCCCAAGAGAGUGGCGAGCUGGGCCGUCUCUGUGGCCGAGCUGCGCGGGCAGAAAACUUCGAGGGUCAUGCACGGUCUGGAGACGCUCGAGCCCAUCAGUACUUGGGCGAUCAUUUCGAGUGGAUUUAG